AUGGCACACCCUAAAGCACAGCGCGCAUCGGAUUUCUUCCGCCAAGGCAGACGGGAUAAAACACAGCCGGAACAAGAUGGCGGCGGCUCCCACUCACCAACACUCGCCUCAGACCAGGGAUCAGACACAGAGACCACACAGCCUCUUCCUGGGGAUAUCUCCAUGUCAGAGAAAAGAAUGUCGGCUAUGCUCCAGGAGCUCCGCUCUUCUAUGAAGGAGGAUCUCCAACUAGCGGUCAAUGACAUCCGCCGAGAGGUACACGAGGUGGGCAGCCGCUUAAAUGCUUUGGAGGAAAAAACUGACGAUCUCUGCCUUGCCAAUGAUGGCAUUCUGGAGAGAGUCCACAAAUUAGAAGAAGAGCAAAUGCACUUAACAGUCAAAUUGGCGGACCUAGAAGACCGGUCGUGCCGUAAUAACAUCAGGGUGCGUGGGGUCCCUGAAACUAUUUUAGGAGCAGACCUCCCAGUAUACCUCCAACAACUCUUUAAAGCCAUACAGCCGACCAUGGAACUGGCAGACCUCAGAUUGGACACGGCACACAGAGUAUCCAAACCUGCUAAACUGGCCCAAGAUAUACCCAGAGACAUUGUCACAAAGCUUCAUUACUUUAGCGCCAAAGAGGCUAUACUCACAGCGCAACGCCAAGCCACGGCAAUGCCCCCCCUGGCUAUGCUGAUAUCUCUUUGUAUGCUGAUCUGUCUCCCAUGACAAUGGCUAGACGAAGGGACUUUGUAAACAUAACAAAAUGCCUCAGCAACCACAAGAAUCCCUACCGCUGGGGCUUCCCUACGAAAUUGUUAAUCUGGAGAAACGGAUCCCUAACAAAACUGGAUGACCCGGACCAGGGGAUGAACAAGCUGAAAGCCUGGGGCCUAUUCCCGGACUGAGCGACUACCGGCACCCCUGCACCCCCACGACGAGUGGCCCAGGAGUGGACCAAAGUUCCAAAAAAGAACUGACUGGACUGCUGCGCACCUCCCUCCUGCAACGGACAUUACAAUUUCACUUACCGGACCCCCUUGGGACCCUACAUGGUGAACUUAACCCCCCCAAUUUGCUUUUAGGGGAGGGACCAGGUCUGGAGGAGAUUGGGUAUUUCACCACGUGA